UUACCCAUUUUCAUUUGCAAUAAAUUAAAUUAAUUUUCUUUAAAGCACUUUCCUUUCUUGCCCGAAGAAACCGUAAAAAUCCCCAAAUCACACUGGGAGAGAGAGCAUCAAAGAAUCUGAGACAUGGAAGCUGAUGUUUCGAUCCGGAAAACCCUAAUUUUCUCUCUCUAGAACUCAUAUCUCUUGCUCGUGUUUUUUGGGUUUGUGUUGAAUUUCUCAGAUUUGAUCAGAGAUGUCGAAAUGUUUGGUGCUGGUCUGCUGUUUUCUCUCUCUAUUGACUUGCGUGGCUCUUGGCAACGUUGUCUUGAUUGGAAACAACGUUACCUUGUCUUUCGAGGACAUCGAAGCUAGCUUCGCUCCAGCUGUAAAAGGGUCUGGGGAAUGCGGCACAUUGUAUUUGGCUGAGCCUUUGGAUGCAUGCUCACCCUUGAGAAAGGUUGAUUCAACUAUAAAGGGCACUUGUUCCCCAUUUGUAUUGAUUGUCAGAGGAGCAUGUAGCUUUGAGGAUAAAGUUAGAAAAGCACAAGCUGCUGGCUUCAAAGCGGCCAUUAUCCAUGACAACGUAGAUGGUGAUUUGGUAGCAAUGGCAGGAAGUUCAGCUGGUAUAAAAAUACAUGCGGUGUUUGUUUCCAAGGCUUCAGGUGAACUACUCGCAAAGUAUGCUGGCGUUGGCAACAUGGAACUGUGGAUAAUCCCAAGCUUUGAGAACUCAGCGUGGUCUAUCAUGGCGAUAUCUUUUAUUUCUUUGCUUGCCAUGUCUGCAGUGCUUGCUACUUGUUUCUUUGUUCGAAGGCAUCGCAUAAGACGAGAAAGGCCUCGAGCUUCACAUGUUCGUGAAUUCCACGGGAUGAGUAGUCAUCUAGUGAAGGCAAUGCCAAGCCUAAUUUUUACAGCUGUAGUAGAGGAUAAUUGUACCUCAGCAACGUGCGCUAUAUGUCUUGAAGACUACAACGUUGGAGAGAGGCUUAGAGUACUGCCAUGUCGACAUAAAUUUCAUGCGUUUUGUGUUGAUGCUUGGCUAACCACAUGGAGAACCUUUUGCCCUGUCUGCAAACGCGAUGCCAGAACUAGCACAGGCGAUCCACCGGCAUCAGAACGCACACCGUUGCUUUCGUCAAGCCCGGCUUCUGUUGCUUCAUCUUCGGUAUUGUCAUCCGUAAGAUCAUCUUUAGCAUCAUCUUCAGCCAUACAGAUAGCCCCAGCUUCAUCUCGGUCCCCUUCAGUUUCUAGCACUCCUUAUAUGCAGCAGUCUCUUCAAACCUAUCGCCAAUCCCCUUACUUAAGUGCUAGUCGAAGCUCAGUAGACCUUAGAAACGCGUCUUCUCAAAGAUCUCACGCUUCUUCCUAUUUAGUUUCUCCACUCUCAAUGGGUUACCCAUCUGCAUCGCCUCUUAAUUCUAGAUAUAUGUCUCCAUAUAUUCCUAGUCCUAGUCCGGGCAAUGCUUCAAGUUAUGUUGGGUCUUCAAGUCAUCAGCCACACCCGCUGCAUUGUAGCGAGUCAGCUGCAAGCUUUUCUCCAUUUGCUUCUGCUCAAUCUCUUCCGGGAUGUUGAUUCAAACUUUUUACUCUUAUUGCCAAAGCUCAAUUGGGAGAGAGGUGAGCAAAUUGUGGUUGAGUUCCUUUGAUCUGUAUUUCACACUUCUCUACACAUGACAUUGAUUUGGGUCCUUCUGAUGUGACAUAUGUUGCUUGAUUAUGAGAGAUUAUUCCUAAGCUGAUGUGUUACGCACUGUUUGUACAUUGUAGAAUACGGCUUGUGUUGAUUUUCUUGAACUCAGUUGAUAAUUAUGGGUCUUGCGGUUUGUGUUGUCAAAUGUUUACAGAGUGUAAUGAAGAGUGUUUCAUGCCGUGUUUAUUUUUGUUUGACUUUGUAGUCUUUAAUGGUGAAUAUAGUUGAUGAUUGAUCUGGGCCUCA